AUGGCCCGCGACCUCCAGAACAAGCGGGAUGUAGCCCUCAAAGUCAUGUCUUCGGGGGACGGUGGUGAAAAUGAAACCCGCAUUCAGGACGAGAUCCUUCAGAAUGGAAAGGAUGUCUCUCGCCUCAUGACAUAUUUCGGGCCAUGCCUUCACCCUGCAAUCUUGAGAAAUCUGUCCAUAAUCACUCGCAGGUCCGCUGCUAGGCAAUUGCUAUCUGAAUGGAAGGAACUGUAUGUGGGGCAUUGGUUCCUCUCCACAGCUUUAGCAGGAAGGCUAAAUACAAAGGCACUUGGUCAGCCGCUAAAGCAAAUCAUACCGUUUGUCGAACUCUGGAAGCAGGGAGAGCUUGUCCAUCCCAUUGAGAUUCCUAUGAAUCUCCACACAGAGAAAUUUUACCUUGGCGACAUUGGUCUGGCAAUGAAACUAAGCGAUUCUGUGACUCAGCAUGGCUACUCAUCUAUGCAACUCUGCUCUCCAGAUUGA